AGUAUUGGAGUUUAGACGUUUGUCUUGCGCUGUAUUCACUAUUCCAGUUAUAGUUAACUCUCGCGGUUGUAAACAUGUGUGUUUUAUUAAAGUAUUUUUAGAAAGUAAAGUACUUAAAGUUUUUAAAAGGAUUAAUUUUAAAAGCAUUGCACGUGAUAAUGUUGAUCCGGUAUUGAUAGAUCGUGUCGUUUCUUAUUUUUACAUAUGAAAAGUUUGAUAUAUAUUUAAAAGUGUUUUAUGAUUGGUUUGAAUACCAUGUGUUUCUCAAGAUUAUAGUUUGACUUUUGCUUUUAUUGGGUCGAUGAUCAAAAUUGGUUUCAUUAAAGUCUCGUAGUUUGUCAAUCAGCGAAAUAGAAAUUAAUUUUGAAAAAUUAUAUGAACUUGUACAAACCUGAAAGGGAUACUAUGAAUUAUUUAUCGGUAAUGUGAAAAGUCAAACAGGCACAUAUAAAAUAUUUAUAUUAAAAAAAAGAGAAUGGCAUCGCAGUUUGUUAGAAUUAGAUGAUGUGAGAGGAAAAGAUAUGGAUAUAUUGAGACUGUUAACAGUGCAAAUCUGGAUUUUUGCUUUUGACGGUAUAUAUUGCUAUUCUGGUAACUUGUUCCAAUCAACACUUGCACCAGAAUUCCUACCAGCACCUUUCAACGUAAGCUUUCACGUAGGAGACUCGGCUAUGUUGAGCUGUGGUAUAAACAACUUAGGGACGAAAACGGUCGUAUGGCGGCGCCUCGACAGCUCAUUUCCACUUACUUCCGGUAAAAUGACAGUUAUUGACGAUAAGCGUGUCCGAGUAUCUCACGUGGUACACAAGAACCAAUGGGAUCUAAUGAUUAAAGAUGUUAAACUGGAGGAUGAUGGCGUUUAUGAAUGUCAGAUUUCUUCCAAAGAUAGGACGGUCAGGAGAUUGGUUACACUUCAUGUGUUUGAACCAAAAGUAGAAAUUCCUGAAAUAAAUAUUACAGAACCACAGUAUGUAGAACGAGGAGAAACAAUUACAUUACAAUGUAACGCCACGGGUGAAAGCUAUCCUCCGGAUGAAAUGGACUGGUUCCGAAAUGGACAAGCAAUUACAUCAGAUACUAAGAGAGGAAUUCACAUAUCAAAACAAUAUUCAAUAUCAAAACGUAAAUUCACUAGUGUUUUAAAAAUAGACAGAGCAGAAAUGAAGGACGACGGAACUUACGUGUGUCGAUCGUCUAAUAUGCAAAUUACAAGUACCAAAGUAAUUGUUUUAAAUGCUGAAACAUCUCCAAGAAAAAGAGGGACAGCUGGAGGAUCAAAGAGUGAUGGAGGAGAAUCUAAUUCAUCAAGUCAUACAAUGGCAAAUUCUACAGAGACAUACCUGCUCAAUAUUGUGUUAAUUUGUAUUACUGUAUUUUUACAAGCAAAACAGUACUGCCCAUCGUGAUACACGCCUUCUGCAUUAUAUUUGAUAGACUUAAAUUUGGCUUUCCUGAUUAUGCCUAGACAUAGAGAAUAUUCAAGAACAUUUAAAUAUUCAAGUUUUAAGAAUUCAAAAAAUUGUCUUUGAUUGAGGAAACGCAAGUCACGGUUAUCUUUUAACAAUGAAGCAGUUGAAAUGUGCCGUUGAUUCUCCUCGUAGCACAAACAGGGAAAUAUGUGACGAUAAUUGUUUAUUGGUGCCAUUGGCGUGUGAUAAGUUGAACCUCAAGUAAAAGAUUGCCUUGUUAAAUGAAAGUGCUGCUGCAAUAAACAGCAAGAUAUUGAAUAGAUGAAGUGAAUACUAUUAUGUGAGUAAAUUGAAUACAAUUAUGGUGAAUAAUGAACGUGAUUUUUUGGAAAUAAACUGCGUAUAAAGACAUGUUAAUAAUUAUAUUCAAUAAAUUGAAAUAAUUUGUAUUAAAGACACGAAAGAAAAGUUUGUUCAGCCAAUUAUGGGUUUGGAAAUGAUAUGAUAUUAGCUGAAAAUGACAGCUUUAUUUGCUGGGUAAUGUAUUCGUCCAUACAAUAUUAUGGAAAAGUCCAUACAAUAUUAUGGAACAUUUAAUCACUUCAUGAACAUAUGAAAUGUUAUGUUUAAAUGUUGUAAAUAUAUUAUUUGAUGGUGCCUCAUCACUACGCGACCAAAUGAUAAGCAUUUUAGAUUAAGUUAUGAAUCAGGAUAUGAACUGUUGAAGUACAAUUAUAUACAAUUCAACCAUCAACAUGUAUGUAUAUACAUUUUUAGCAUAGAUUUGUUAUUAUAUAUCCUUUAACUUUCGCGUUUUAGAUAGAGGUCAUCAAAUGAAAACAUAAUCGCUAAGAGUGAGAACAGGCUAUACGUGAUUAAAAUACUAUGUGAUGAACGUAAUACAGUUGAACUCUUUACAGACAAUUGAAAAUAGUCCUGCUAUUUGGUACUGUUAUUUUAAAUAGACGGUAAAAUAUAUUAUGAGUUUGACGAUGUUUUUAUUAAACAUCUUCCACGCUUUGUAUUAUGUAAUUGAGGAUGGUCUAACAACUUAUACAUUUAUAUGCCACCGCAGCAUCCGCGAUGCGGUGGCAUAUAGCGAUUCACCUGUGUGUUUGUUUGUGUGUGUGUGUGUGUGUAUAGACUUAAAAAAUCUUCUGGUGAAAAACCACUAGUCCAAUUUCAACCAAACUUGGCAGGAUUGUUCCUUGGGUGAAGGCCUUCCAAAGUUGUUCAAAGAAUUUCAUUCCAUGCAGAAUUCUGGUUGCCAUGGCAACCAAAAGGAAUUAUAAGAAUAAAUUUAAAAAAUCUUCUUGUAAAGACCCAAAAGGCCUAGAGCUUAGAUAUUUUGCAUAAGGCAUUGUCUGGUAGACCUCUACCAAGAUUGUUCAAAUUAUACCCCUGGGGUCCAAAUCGGCCCCGCCCCGGGGGUCAUUGAUUUUCACUAUAUGUACAUAUAGUAAAAACUUAAAAUACCUUCUUGUCUGAAGGUACCAGGCUUAGAGGUUUGAUAUUUGGUAUGUGUUAUUAUCUAUAGGUACUCUACCAAAGUUAUUCAAAUUUUGCGUCUAGUGUCAAAAUUAGCCCUGCCCCGGGGGUCAUAGGUUUUCCUCAUAUGCGGUGGCAUAGCAUUUUUUACAAAUGCAAUCUUGUUAAUUUUGUUUUCAGGUAAAUGAGUCAUGUCUUUAUGAAACGACCAGAUUAAAAAGAAUGCAGAAUACCUUAAAAAUCAUUUUAAUCAAUUAUCACCAAAUAUAGAGGAUUUUUGUUGCUGUUUUGUUUUGUUUCAUAAAAUACUUAACAUUUGUAUAUGUGCAGUUUGCUAUGUAGCUCAGUGUCUUGUUUCGCUGGGCGGUUUUUUAGAGCAAUCAUCUAAUUUAUAUUUUUUGUUGACCGAUGAUUACUAUUAUGUUAUACUUACAUUGUUACACUUUUGUUAAUAAAGUUUGUGAAUGAU